AGCUGUUUGCUGGCACCGUGUCGCAGAUGGAUCACAACAUCAUCAUACAUCUAAAUAUCAUCCAUAGACUCAACUGGUCAUCUGCAAACCACAAACCAUCAAACUGUCCCUGGUUUACAAGUAGACGACAGUGUAGGCAUGAUUUCACAUACUGUCAAUAAUAUUCUUGCAUGAUUGUGAGUGAUCAGUUAUCAACUACUGUAAGUCAAUGUCAGAGUCUUACUGUCAGUGUUAGAAAUCACAGUGGUGUUUACAUGUAUGUACACAGAGGAAACAACAUUUUGCAGUUGUGUAGUUGAAUCCUAUACUAUUAUUGAUUUUGACCAAUCUCCAUUGUAAUAUUCCAAUAUCCAUGCCUAUCUCUAAUCUAUCUGUAAUCCAUGUCUCAAUUGAAGAAGGUGAAUGUUUUACAGAAACAGCAAAAUAUAGGCUUCUCUUUCAAGAGAUACAAUUGUAGAGCAGUGCAAAUACAGAGAUUAAAACAUCUAUGAGAACUGAAUGACCCUUGAAGCUAAAGCCUUUACUAGGUUGUUGGAUAAUGGAGGUUGCAUAUGUCUGCGAGUGGGAGAAAAGACCAAAGAGCAACCACUGUCCCUCCAUCCCACUGGUGUGUGCUUGGUCGUGCAGGAACUUGGUUGCUUUCACCACUGACCUCAAAAAUGAAGAAGAUGAGAAAGAUGUCAGUCAUAUGAUCCACAUCCUUGACACAGAACAUCCUUGGGAUGUGUACUCCAUUAACUCUGGCCACUCCGAGAUCAUAUCCAGUCUGGAAUGGGAUCAGUCAGGGUCCAGAUUGUUGUCUGCUGAUGGAGAUGGUCAGAUUAAGUGCUGGGCGAUGGCAGACCACCUGGUGAACAGCUGGGAGACCAUUGUAGGAAGUGCAGUGGAUGGAGACCCUAUCAUAGCCCUCUCGUGGCUGCACAAUGGGGUUAAGCUAGCUCUACAUGUGGAAAUGUCUGGUUCCACCAAUUUUGGCGAGAAGUUCUCACGGGUCAAGUUCUCUCCAUCGCUUACACUUUUCGGAGGCAAGCCCAUGGAAGGCUGGCUGGCGGUAACUGUGAGUGGCUUGGUGACCGUGUCCCUGCUGAAGCCCAGUGGAGCUCUUCUAACUGCCAGUGAGAGCCUCUGUCGCCUGAGGGGCCGCGUGGCUUUAGCAGACAUUGCCUUUACAGGUGGAGGAAACAUUGUGGUGGCAGCUACUGAUGGCAGCAGCUCCUCACCAGUGCAAUUCUACAAGGUGUGUGUGAGCGUGGUCAAUGAGAAGUGUCGUAUUGACACAGAGCUGCUGCCUUCCCUCUUCAUGCGCUGCACCACCGACCCAGUCAGGAGGGACAAGUACCCAGUAGUCACACACCUUAAAUUCCUUACCAGGGAAAACUCUGAACAGGUGCUGCUGUGUGCCUCAAGUCAGACUGGCAGCAUUGUAGAAUGCUGGUCACUGCGGAAGGAGGGGCUUCCUGUCAAUAACAUUUUCCAGCAUCGCUCACCCGUUGUUGGUGAGAAACAGCCGAUGAUUCUGAAAUGGCGCAUCCUUUCAGCCACCAAUGAUUUGGACCGUGUGUCUGCUGUGGCUUUACCCAAACUGCCCAUCUCAAUCUCAAACACUGACCUGAAGGUGGCUUCCGACACCAAAUUCUGCCCAGGUCUAGGUCUUGCCCUAGCCUUCCAUGAUGGCAGUAUCCAAAUCGUCCACCGCCUCUCCCUGCACACCAUGGGUGUGUUCUAUGGCUCCUCCUCAGGAACCUCUCAGCGAUCAGGGGAUGAGCCAGCCAUCAAACGGCAGCGUGCAGCUGGCCCGAUCAUCCACUUCACUGCCCUGCAUUUCUCCUGGACCUCACUCGCAUUGGCAGGAGUGGACAACCAUGGCAAGCUGCACAUGAUCCGGGUGUCUCCCUCAAUGGGUCAGAUGUUGGACAUGAACACACUGUUGCGCCAUCUGCUGUUCCUUCUGGAAUACUGCAUGGUGACUGGCUACGAUUGGUGGGAUGUCCUGCUCCAUGUACAGCCAGGGAUGGUCCACAACCUUGUGGAGAAGUUACACGAGGAGUACAUGAGACAGAACCAAGCCCUGCAGCAGGUGCUCUCCACACGUAUAGUGGCAGUGAAAGCCUCCCUUUGCAAGUUAUCCUCUGCAACGGCUGCACGGGCCUGUGACUUCCAUGCAAAACUUCUCCUCAUUGCCAUCAGCUCCACCCUGAAGUCUCUACUCAGGCCUCACGUCCUCAACACACCAGACAAAAGCCCUGGAGACAGACUGACGGAGAUAUGUGCCAAAAAUACUGACACAGAUAUAGACAAGGUGAUGAUAAACCUCAAGACUGAAGAGUUUGUCCUUGAUGGCCCCCCUCUUCAGUCUCUACAGCAGCUCAUACAAUGGGUGGGAGACUUUGUCCUAUACUUGAUGGCCAACCUACCCAAUCAGGGCACAAUAGUGCGUCCCGGCUUCGGCUUCCUACGCGAUGGAUCAUCACUGGGGAUGCUAAGGGAAAUGAUGGUGAUGAUCAGGAUAUGGGGCCUCCUCAAACCAGGCUGUCUGCCAAUUUACACAGCUACUUCUGAUAACCAGGACAGCAUGUCGCUGCUUUUCCGCCUCCUCACCAAACUUUGGCUGUGCUCUAGAGAUGAAGGCCACCCCCAGGACCCUGACGAAGCCCUGAUUGAUGAAUGCUGCUUGCUACCCAGCCAGCUCCUGGUGCCCAGUAUGGACUGGCUGCCUGUCAAUGACGGGGUAAUUUGCAAGCUGCAGGGGAAGCAGCCACUGCGACUACAGUUCAGCAAGCCCUAUAGCCUUCCACUUAAUUCCAAUUCGCAGGUGGAAGUUUUCUCCAGGAUUGCAGGUGCCCAGAGGAUGGAUAACCUACGAUGUCUCCACAUGGGUGUCUCCCCCACAGAGGAGAGCAAAGCCUGCACCAGGUGUGGGUGUGUGACCAUGCUCCGCUCACCUAACAAGACAAAUGCUAUGAAGCAGUGGGAGCAACGCUGGAUCAAGAACUGCCUCUGUGGUGGACUGUGGAGGAGAAUCCCCCACACACAGUCCUGAGCUCAGCCAAGCAAGAUUAGCACAAGCUCACCUUGAACGCAAUACUAACCCACAAAUCCCCCCAAAACCUAAUGUCAAUGCACUUGUGUGUGUGUAUUGACAUUUAAUGUACAUUUUGAGAGAUGAGAAGAUCCACCAUAUUGCUUGAUUUUUGCUGUCAACUUUCAUUUCAAUUAUUGUCUUCUUGGUCCUGUAGGCUGUGAUAACAUUUUGAUGUGGAUUUAUUUCAAAUUACUAUAGAAAAAUGCAAACAUGGCACAGUACAUAGAAAGUGGUAUUUCUUUUUUGUUAAGUCUCUUUUUCUUCUUGUUUAAACAUUAAGCUUUUUUUGUGAAAAUCUGGGGCAUAAUAACAGCCUCAAUACAAUUCUAAAAUGUAUAUAUAGCUGCAAGUAUCAAUGGCGAAUUUCUCCCCAAAUUUGCAGACAAUUUGAAUUCAUGGGCCAGCCAUUUACAAGUGGGAAAAGUCGGAUGUGGCCUGUAGCACCAGCAAGGGGCAAAUUUUGCCCAGUUUAUACUGUAUAUGAUCUGUCGUUUCGGUGUGCCAAAUGAUAGAAAAGGUUAUCAAGGGGUUUGGGCGAUGUUGAGUUGUUUUAGAGGAAAAUAAUAAGGAAUACGAACAAAAACAAGAGUUCCUAUUGACGAAGAAAUCCUAAUUCUCCAUACUCGUUGCGGUGCACAAAGCAACAACAAAAAAGUUAUGAUAAAUGAACACUUAUAGUAACAUGUUACUGUACUUGAAGUGGGUCUUCAUAAUCAUUAAUUACACCUUUUGUGUGUGUGUAAGUAUAAUUUGUACUUUUCUCCUCUCAAUACAAACACAAUCUGGAAAACACAAAGCUAGCUGUGGGGUGGCAGAGAAUUAAACAUGCCAUAGUUCCAUUUAGCAGUGUGAUACAGUACGUGAUUUUUGGACUUUUUCCUUGGGUCUUCCUAUAAAAUGUAAUGUACCAAUUAUUCACCUAACCAAAUUAGAUUUUUGGACUUGAAUGUUGCUAAAUUAAAGAAACAUUUCAAAAUGUUUCCUGAAGGUUGUUUUGAAUAAUUUCAUAAUAGGGCUCAUGAAGAAGUGUUUGAAGAAAAUUCCAUGAAUAAAUGUAUUUCUGUAUGUAUUUUUUCAUUAAAAUGCUUAUGCUUUAAAAAAAUACUUGAUUGAAUAGAAAUUACCUGAUUUAAAUGCAUAUUCUUCAAGUAAUAAUACGUUUAUGACCAGAGCCAUGUAGAACGUUGUGUGAACGGAAGUAAAAAUGAUCAUAUGAUGAUAAUUGUCGCUCUGGAUAAGAGCGUCUGCUAAAUGACUAAAUGUAAAUGUAAUUGUAGGAGCCAAAUUGGAUUGUUGGGCCUUUGGGUUGUUUCAUGUUUCUUUCUGUGAAUAGUAGUGUGUGUGGAUGACUGAGUAUCUACAGGUUUGUCUACGCCCACCUAAAGGACGGUUGGGAGCCUGAAGGCGGUUCCCAAUGGGAAAGGCUUAUAAGACAGGAAGCCACAGCAGUGGGUGUGGCCAAAGAGGGAAACAGUCUUUUGACCGUGUGGUGGUGUGCCGUGUGGGGCGUGACAAGCCGUUUGCUACCGUAUAUGAGACUGCUUUAGUUUAAUUGUUUGUUUAUUUAGCUCAAGUUCUUAUAAUAUUUCUAUAUACAUCAACAACAAUAAAUGGUCCUCAUUGGUA